AUGCACCAGUCACCGAACACUGGCCGGACGGCCGGCGCAGAUACCAUGUAUCUACUUCAAGUCCCGCUGGACCAACUUCCCUCUCCCAACGAGGCUGACGGCAGUAACAAUAACGGCGACGGUGCUCACAACAAGAACAAGGGGCCUCGUGCCUGCAAGACUUGCGCCAAGGCCAAGUCGCGCUGCAUCCCUGGCCCCUCGCCGGACAAGUGUGAGAGAUGUCACCGGCUCAACAAGCCCUGCUCGUCCCAGACGCCCGCGCCGCCGCGGAAGCGCCGGUCCCCCAAGCCCACGCGCGUCUCGCAGCUGGAGCGCCGCCUGGAGGACCUGACCGCCCGCCUGGACAGCGUCUCCCGGGGCCAGGGCCCCACGCCGCCCGACUCGGCGGGCAGCCCGGCGUCCGGGUCGUCCCUGGAGCAGCGAGCGUCCGCCGCGUCGCAGAAGGCGGUCCACGGACCGUGGAACCCGCGGCUGCACGUGUCGCGGUACGCCCCCUUCAACCACCUGUUCCCCCUGGACCAGGUCCGUGUCGGCGCCGUCGAACCUACGGAUUCCCCCAUGGACAUGGGCAGCGGCUCCGGUGCUGCUGCUGCUGCUCUCGUUCCCAGUCCUCCCGCCGCCGUCAACGGGCGAGUGGAGUCCGUACCCACGUCGCCCGAGGGCGCAUCACCGACGCCGCCGGCAUCGGCACCAGCACCGGCACCGCCGACGACUGCGCACGCCCCCGCCGAGUACGAGAGCAUCGAGGAGGAGCGCCGGCGCAAGUUCUGCCCCUUCGUCCCGCCGGGGCAGCCCGAGCCCGAGCCGACGGCCGAGGAGCUCGAGGCGCGGGAGCCGCUGUGGCCCCGGGGCCAGGAGGCGGAGAGCCUGCUCGAGGAGUACCGGGCGCAGCUCGUGCCGCUCUUCCCCUUCGUCGCCCUGCCCGCCGGCGUGCCGUCGCGCGAGCUGCGGGUCGCGCGGCCGCUGCUGUGGAAGGCCGUCAUGAUGGGGGCGUGCCACCUCGACGGGGCGCGGCAGAUGGCGCUCGGCGCCGCGCUGCUGGGCGAGCUGUCGGCCGCCGCGCUGACGGCGCCCAGGAGGGGGAUCGACGUGCUGCAGGCCCUGGAGCUUCUGGUUGCGUGCUUCCAGACGACGAAUCUGCUGUACCUGGCGCGCUCGAUAGCCUAUUCGUUGAAAUCUAUCGAGGCGCAGCUGGCUAUCAAGGGCAAAGAUCAUGGGCCGCAGGUUUUGGAGGAGAUGAGGGCUUUCUUGGGUGCCUUUUAUAUCUCUAGCUUGGUGUUUGCAUCGAGCAAGAAGAUCGACGGGCUUAUGGACACGACAAUGGUCGAAGCUUGCUGCCGUGUCUUGGAGCACAGGAUGGAGCUCCCCAGCGACGAGUUUCUCUUGGCCCUUGUUCGAAUCCAGCUGCUCUCUCAGAAACUAUCGAUCAAAGUAGUCUCGAUUCAGUCUUGUGCUUCGACGUCAGAGGAAGACAUCAGAACUAUGGUCAAGCAGUUCGAACAGGAGAUCGACGUCUACCGGGCCUCGCUCACCCAGAAUCUUCGAGACAACGAUGCCAUCAACAGCCAUGUACAGGUGGCCAGGCUGAUUCUCUACGAAAUCGGCAUGCAAGUCGAUCAGUUGGGCAUAGCGACCUCGGCGGAGACGAGGCUGCUACUUUUGUGGUCCAGCCUUACUGCCGUCAAGGACUUUUUCAUGAACCGCUUCGCUCAGGACAUCCGGAACGAGCCGCGCUUCAUAUGUCUCAAUUCAUACGAGUACACGUACUGUUUCCUGUUAUCGCUCAAGCUCAUCACGCUGCGGACGCCUGGCUGGGACCCCCAGGUCGCGAGAAGGAUGCUCAACUUCGACGAGUACCUGGACAGGCAAAUCUCGGACAUGCUGGUGCUGGCACAGAGACGGAGGCGCAGGACGGUGCACAUCGGAGAUGCCAUGGACCAGGGAAGUCUCCGCGAGGGGUUCAUCGAUCCCUUCGAUCGCCUUGCUCAGCGGAUGACUUUCUUGCGGAGCACCCUGGUGAAAGAACUCGAUGGCGAGUUCCCUCGGGAUGCUGCUACCGCCACAAACACCGCCACCACCACCACCACAAGUCCAGUCUCGGAAGCGCCUGUAGCAGCAGAGCCGUCUCCUUUGGAAGCAGAUACGGGCGCCGAGCCAAUGGCUCUCGACUCGGGCUUGAUGUCACAGUUCGACUCGUUCCAGGACUUGAACAGCGAAGCCUGGGCCGAUAUGCUGGGCCCAGGCGGGUGGGACAGCUAUCUCAAUAUGCCAUUUUCGGAUCUGUCAGAAGGAAUAUUCUGA